AUGGUCUAUAUUCGCCAGCACCAAUUGCCCAAUCUUCGGACGUAUCGCUAUGCUGGGGUAGACCACUCACUCAUGAGUCGGUAUAUUCUCAAGCCCUUCUACAGCAACUAUGUGAUCCAUUGUUUUCCCAUGGGCAUGGCGCCCAAUGCCAUCACUCUCACUGGUUUCUUGUUUGUGGUGAUCAAUUUCCUCACCAUGCUAUGGUACAACCCGACGCUUGACCGAGACUGUCCGUCCUGGGUCUACGCUAGUUGGGCGCUAGGGCUUUGGCUCUAUCAAACAUUUGAUGCAGUAGAUGGAAUGCAAGCGCGGAGAACAAAGCAAAGUGGUCCGUUGGGAGAGCUUUUCGAUCAUAGUGUCGACGCAUGCAACACUGGCCUGGGUGUCUUGAUCUUUGCAGCUGCGAUGAACCUUGGCCAGACCUGGGCCACUAUUUUGACUCUUUUCGGCUCAACCAUGACCUUCUAUGUUCAGACCUGGGAUGAGUACUACACCCAAGUUCUGACACUCGGAAUCGUCUCUGGCCCCGUUGAAGGUGUCUUGACUCUGUGCGUUGUAUUCGCCUUUACCUCGUAUAAAGGUGGUGCUAGCUUCUGGCAUAGUCCGAUGCUGGAGACGGUUGGCAUCCCGAAAUUUGACCCAAUUCCAGACUGGGUUUACAAGAUGCCAUUCACGCAAUGGUAUAUGGUUUACGGCGCCAUCAUGCUCUUUUUCGCUACCGGUUCAAGUAUCGUGCAUGUCAUGAGUAUCCGCCGGCAACGCGGCCAGGAUCCCUUCAAACCACUGUAUGGUCUUCUCCCACUUGUUGCAGUCUGGACACUCAUUCCGGCCUAUCUAUAUCUGCAACCCAUAAUCCUAACGCAACACGUUAUUCCCUUUACUCUAUAUGUCGGCCUGCUCAACGCAUACUCUGUGGGACGGAUGAUUGUCGCUCACUUGAUCAAAUCUGAAUUUCCUUACCACAAUGUGCUCCUUUGGCCAAUUGCGUUCGGAGUGGUUGACAGUGCAGCAUCUGCUUUCGGCAUCUGGAACAGCAUGGUUGGAAACGAGAUCGGCCAAGUGGUGUUCGUUUACUUGUGUCUUGGAUUGGCGCUGGGUGUUUACGGAACUUUCGUGUACGAUGUUGUGACUACGAUCUGCGACUUUAACGACAUAUGGUGCUUGACGAUCAAGCACCCCUUCCCAGCAGAACGGGAUGAACAGAACGGAGACGCCAAGCGCGUCUUGAAGAAAAUGACGUAA